AUGUCUCUAUUACGGCGAAAAGGAUGUCAUCCAGGAGGGAAAAGACAGAAACAACUAAAACCAUGUCUUUUUAUAAUACUCCCUCCUGAAAUGUUUAUCAAUGUUUGUCAAUAUCUACCUCCGAAAGAGUUAUUAUCAUUAGCUAGGGUUUGUAAAAGGUUUAAUGGUUAUUUAAGUGUAGAAACUUCUACAACAACUCAGGAAAUUUGGCGUGCAUCAAGAACUGCUUAUUUACCUUAUUUACAAAUGUCUCCACCUGAAGGGAUGACCGAAAGGCAAUACGUUAAAUUGGUUUUAGAACGUGGUUGUCAAUUUUGUGAUAGAUCAAAAAUUCGUAAAGUUUAUUGGGAAUUUUUUGUACGUUCUUGUGAGGAUUAUCUUCUUCCUGAAUACAUGGAUGAUGGUCGUCUUUCUGAUGAUGUUAUUUCUGGUUUAACUUACAUACCAUCUUGGGUCAGACGUUCUUAUACUUAUAUGAGAAAUUCAAGAAUGUGUCCAUCAAGUCUUUAUUGGACUGAUCAUGUUCUUAAAACGGUUCAAGAAUAUCAAAGUCUUCCCGCUUAUCCACCACAUAUCAGAAAUGAUUGGAUAAAACAAAAAAGAGAAGAAGGUAUAGCAAAGAUGAAAGAAGUCAAUCAACGUAGAUUGGAUUAUGAUAGGGGUUUAAGAGAAUUGGUUCAUCAAAAUUCAUUAAAAAAGACGGAAAGAUCUCGUUUAAUUAAAUCAAAGAUACAAACCAUGAAGGCAGAGAAAAAUGCUAACAAUUGUUCAAAAUAUGAUAGUCUCAUACUUGAAUUAUGUCCAACAUAUCAGAAUCACAUGUUUAUGCAAGUACGUCAAUCCCCACAACCUUUUACUGAAAGAUCUUGGGUACUUUUGAAAAAGAAAUUAUUAAAGGAAUAUGAGGAACGGCGUAUUUCAAAAAGGCAAGAACGUCAAAAUAAAGAAAAAGCGUGGCGUAGGGAUGUUGUUUUCCAAAUGAGACAAUAUGAUAUUUAUCAACUUGCGAAAAUUUGGUUACCGGAUUCCACUUUGGAAAAUACCGUUGAAAUUCCUCCCACAGUAAAUUCUGCAAAUUCAAACAUGGAUAUUGAUGUUCAAAUUUCUUCCUCUAUUACUUCUGACAAUUCGACCACUCUUAUAUCAGAUAUUGUUAAUUCAGAUUUAUCACAAUAUACUUUAGAUUCUUCAAAAAAAUCAGAAAUAGAAACAAUAACAGAUGUUACAGCCAUGAACAUUUCGAACACAGAUGCUGAUAUUUUAUCUAUGAGUAUUAUGAACAUCAUUAAUACUGAUGUCGAUAGUACUAACGACGUUAAUAUUGACGGUGUUAACAUUGGCGAUGCUAACACUAAUGACAUUAACACUAAUGACGUCAACUCUAAUGACAUUAACUCUAAUGACGUUAGUGUUAACGACGUUAGUACUGACGUAGUUAACGCUAACGCUGUUGACGUUAACGUCGUUGAUCUUACUGUCGAAACCGAUAAAAAUUUAGAUAAGGAAGUUAUUGAUCUUACUGAUGAAUCAGAAACAAAUAAUACCAUAGCAAAUAAAUCUGAAAUAUCACAGGAUUUUAUGUCAACAGAAGAUGAUGUUAUUGACAUAACAAAUGAGAAAAAUGUCAUCGAUCUUACCAAUGAAUCCGAAACAUCUUCAUAUGGUGAUAUUAAACCUAUAUAUUUUGGAGUAAAUUCCGAAAUUAAUUCCAUUAAUCCCAUAAAUUCCACUAAUUCCUCCAAUUCUUCCGCUAAUUCAAUAUCAUCAUAUAAUCCUUCAUUAAUAACUUUACCACCUAUUUCACUACUAUCUGCACCACCACCAAUUCAACCGGCAUUAGAUCUUAGUUAUAUUACUCUUCCAACUUUAUAUAGUCAGCCGUUAAAUGAUUAUGGAUUGUCAUUUAGUUUUCCUUCAAAUGACACUACUUUCUUUGAUUGGAAUGAUUGGAUUAUGGAAGAUCAAUUUUCUUCUUCAUACAUGGAAGAUUCUUAUGAUAAUAUGCAAAAUCUUUUAAUAAACAAAUAUCUUCCAUGGUGUCCAUCUUUUCGAAAUCCUCCAUUUCACGAUAGUAAUCCUUACAAUCUAUGGGAUGAUGACUUUUUAAUGAAUACUCUUAUGCCAAAAAUCUGGACUGAAGCAAAAGAAUUACAUAAAAAAUCUAAUGAUACUAUAACAACUGUACAGGGUGCUGUUUUGGCUGGAUAUAGAGAAAGCAAUAUAUUUAAAUGUAAGAUUUGUAAGUUAAUGGGUGCAAAUUAUGAUGAAUCUUCUUAUUUAGAUGUUAGAACACAUUUACAUUUGGGACAUGGAGUUUACCAUAUAGAUGAUGAAGAGAUGAUUGAAGUAUGCGUAACUUUUAAUAAGGGCAUUUGUCCCGAUAUAUACAAUGAUACUAAAAGUUAUUUGUUUUCUAUUGGAUAUAACUUCAAACUAUUAAAUGAUUUGGUCAAAUUCUGA